AUCCAAUAUGGCGGUAAAUGGUGUAUGAGGUGCGGAAUGUUUUGAUUGGAAUCGAACAAUAAAAAUUUUGGGAAAAUCAACAAAACCAAAAAAUGGAUUCAAUGGCCGGCUCACCUAGAAUGUGCUGUUGAAACCACGUCUCUGUGCGUCCGCCGCGAGUGUUGUGGCGUUAGCAAUUGUGUUUUCAUUUUGUAAUUCGGGAAGUGUUUUUCGUAUUGGCUAAUGUGGUCGUGUGGAUUAUUGCUAUGUGACAAAAACGGCGCUAGAUAUGUCUACCGAUGCUGAUAAAGACCCGGCAUGUCCGAAUGUUAGCGGGAACAGCGCGAGAGAUGGCGAGCUGGUGGGCCGAAGUGAGGGCGGCCCUGAGAAGAAGAAACACAAAAGUCCUAGGAAGGUGUCAUUCCCACCUGAUGAAGAUCAGCUAGUGACACAAUACUUCGAGCCAGCGAACCCUUGGCAAGACGUGCCGGCGACCACGCGGGAGCAGCUGGCGGCGGAGUAUCUGGACUCCUGCCGGCGCCACGGCACCGAGCCCAUAGCUUCUGUACUGCAACAGAUACAGGAGCUACCAGAAAACGCCAUAGGCGGCAGCGUGCGCGCGCCCCGCUUGCUCCUAUCACAAUGUCUUCUUCUUGGCGCGGCUGCAGUGGACGCGCUAGAAGCAGUGCUGAGAAAAACGCAGUUCAGAAGAAUAGAGAUCGACCAUUCGGCCAUAGACGACGAGGGGGCGGAAGCACUAUUCGACAUGAUAGAGUACUACGAGAGUGCGACGAUGGUAUCGAUCAAGGGUCCGAGGGACUUUGCCAUACGCGGCUGGCAGGCAGCUUCGAGAAUGAUCAAAAAGAGCGCAGAACUCCAAGAGCUGCAAGUCGUCGGUUCCCCAGUGGGCGCCAUGUCGCUGCAGGCACUGUCGCGCGCGCUGCGGCCGCACUCGUGCCGGCUGCGCGCGCUGAGCCUCACGCGCACGCAGCUGUGCGGCGAGCCGCUGCGGGGCCUGCUGAUAGCGCUAAAAUCGAACAGCUCUAUUCGAGAACUCAGACUCGGAGACAACGGCUUGGACCCGAGUGACGCCGUGCAGAUCGCGUCUCUGCUGCGAAUGAAUACAAGAGUGCAGUUAUUGGAUCUCUCGAAUAACCAGAUUAUGGACCAAGGGCUGGCGCACAUAGCGGACGCGCUGGCGGACCAGACGUCGCAGACGCCGCCGCCCGAGCCACUGUCGCCCCACCACUGCGGAGCGGUAGGCUUCGAGGGCCGAGGUCUGGCGUUUCUGGUGCUGUGGAACAACCAGCUGACGAGGAACUGCGCACACCAUCUUGGAAGAGCUGUGAGAAUGUCAAACUCGCUCUGCAUGCUGAACAUCGGUCGCAACGCCAUCGGAACGGCGGGCGUUGCCGCUUUGUGCGACGGCGGCGGCGGCGCGCUGGCGUCGCUCGGGCUACAAGGAGCGCGACUGGGCCCUGAGUCCGCCGCCAUCUUGCCUAAAUUACUACAAACACAUGCGUUGCAGAGGCUAGAUCUCAGGGACAACCGUCUUGGCGAGGAGGGGCUAACGGCGAUACUGAACGCUCUGAAGGAAAACAAAACACUCAUACAGAUCGACUUGGAUGACUAUUCGGAGUCAACAACAACCCUCUCCGCAUCCGGCGGCGACACGGCGACAUGCGCGCGCCUCACUCGCGAGAUCGCCGCGUGCUGCCGACGACACGAGGCGACGACGAGCGACCCGCGCGCCACCCGCAAGAUGAGCCUCACGUGCCACACGGACAAGUGCGUGCCCCGGCAAAGCGUACAAUCUCCCGAAGAGGACCGUCGCGGUCGCCUACGGUCGCCGGCGCCGUCGCCCGCGCCCUCGCCCGCCGGCUCGCCCAUACCCGGCGCCACGCCCGGCUCCAGGUUCUCGGUGACCCGCGUGACGCCUCAACGCGAGCGCUCGGGGUCAACGUCCUCAACUGACAGCUCGGGCUCCGCGCCGCGCGCCUCGCCCUCCCGCUUCACUGUUAUGCAGGUAUCCGAGCCCCCCCAAAUCCACGUCCAUUCUUCACCCGUGGACUCGACGCCUCGUCGCUCCUCAUCCCGCUUCUCUGUGACUCGCAACUACGACACCAUCUACAACCCGUCUCCUCCGCGCGACCACAGAACCGACAGUGACAGUGACAGAAGUGACAAAAGUGACAAAUCAAGUGACAAAAGUGAUAAAACUGAUCUCAAACAGGUCAAAACUGAUGUAGUGGUGGUCAAAAGUGAUAAGCCUGACGUUAUAAAGGUUAAAAGUGAUGCGGUAGCGGCUAGUGAUAAAAACAAUAAAGUGACUAAGGUAGUUGAUGAUAAAAGUGAUGUAAGUGGUAAGACAGAGACUGUGGCCACGUAUCAAGACAAACGCGAAGAUAUAUCGUGUGAAACCAGUUUGAGUGAGCGCCCUCAAGGCACAGUGUUAGUGCAAGAGACUAAGUUAGUGAAAAACAGUACUGAAGCCAGUGACACUGAGAAAGUUGACGUUAAAGUCGAAGUUACGGUGAAAAAAGAGAGUGUAGCAGACAAAAGUGACGUUAAAAACGAUAGUUGUAAGGUUGUAAAUAGUGAAGCACCUGCCAAAGUACAUAAUGACCAAAAUAAACCCAUUAGCGCGGUUCCCGACGAAAAACAGAAUGUUAAAGAUGAGAAGCCAACACAGAAGGAAAGAAACGACGUUGCUAUCAAGCAGCUAGAAGCAUGUAUAACACACGACUUGGACGAUUUGAUACAAGAAAUGCAAGAUAUCUCGCACAAGUCUGCCAUUUUUAAGAAAACCACCGACGUUUCCGAACCUCCAGUCAAGACUGAUAGCACACAGACAGAAAUUAACGUAAUCGAUGCAAAUAUCGACAGAAACGAACCAAUCAAAGAUGACCACACAGUACCUGUUAGUAUAAUACGAGAUAAUGUAGUUCUUAAAAAGAAUAAAAGCGAGUCCAGUCUUGACAGUCCAGACUUAGAAGUUUCUAGGCUCAUGAACAAGAAGCCAUCUUGUAGUCCAUUCCGAGACAGUAGUUCUUCGUUGGAAAUCUCCGGUAGCUCAAUGGAGAGUCUAAAUGCUUUGGACAGUGCUCAGAUUGUCCCAUCUGUUCCAAGACCAGUGAUUGUUCCGGAGUCAGCUGAAACAGAACUGGAUAGGAGAAAACCGGAGACGAUUGCGCUGUCAACAGAAAGCAGCAUUGAGUCUGCCAGCGAAAACACUCCAAUCAAUAGUGGCAACUUCCUAAAUACUUCCCUUAGCUCGAACGACAGUGUGUCCCCAAUAAUCUUUGGCAGAAAUAAGAAGAUUCAUGGCUCCCUAUCCAGUUUAGAAGCCAGUGUCAGUUCGUUGGAUUCAGCAAGAUGUACGGAAAAAGUCAUGGUCACGUCUACAGAUUCAGGCAUAGAAUACUCAUUGCAAAACCCUUCUGAAAACAAAGAAGACAACUCUUCUAAUGAGGGGACUUUGACAAACACAUCAAGUAUGAAGGAUGUAGCUAAAGUGCCAGAGAAGGAUUUCCUACAAAGUGUGCAGGAUACUUUGACAUCGUCUCCUAAAAGGACGUCGAGUAUGCUUGAUGUACCGGCGAUGAAGGCGAAAGGACUGGACAGAGUGCGAAAGAUAUCAUUUGUGGCGCCAUCCCCAAGCUUCCAUAUACCCAAACCGGAGGUGGAACCGCCAAAAGUAGAGUCGAAACUGCCAACGCACUUAGAGAAACUCCUAAGCUUAUUCCACAAUCCUGGGAGUUUGUUCUCCAGAAAUACGGAGGAAGAAAGGAAAUCAGCGUCGAAUACGCCGCCAAGAAAAGAAUCCACGGCAUUAGCUAGCUCUUUUUGGUCUUGGGGAAGCUCAGAUAAGUGUUUGGAGAAAGACGAAAAGGUGGAAGAAGAUUGCGACAGCAGUCCAGAAGUCACUGACUCGACUCUCUCCGAAAGAGUCCAAGUAUCGUUUGUUGACGAGUCGUUUUCGAAGAAACUCGACAGUAAAACCCCUUCGACCGACACCGAUAAUACGCUAAGCGAAUUCCAGUCGUUCCCAAUCCAGAAUUCCGAAAGCGAAGCUGCCGAUAGCAAAAUCGAAGUAGACACAGUUACCGACGUAACCACCGAUGACAAUUUAGUACAAAAAUGUUUAGAUUUAAGCUUAAAAGAUACAGAUGCGGCCUCCAACGGAAAUGCGGGGGCGUGUGAUAAAAUAGAUCUCAUUAAACCCAACGAUUUAAAUAAAAACGUAUACGAUAAUGAGAUAGAUAAUAGCCGUACGGAGACAGUGGUGCCGACGGAUAAUACACCAAUAGAUAAAAGUGCAGAGAGCAGAAAAGAAACAGCUGUUAAACUGGAUGAAGCCAAGAGUUUAGAUGCUAGACCGCGAUCCUUUGCUGCUGUAUUGAAAGCUUCUGGAUCAGAAAACACGGAUAGACAAAACAGCCCUGACAGUGGCCAGCCAGUUGAUAAACUACCCAGCAAAGUAAUUAGAGGUAUCAAAGAAAACAUAAGCCCAGAAAACACUCUGACAUCGAGCAUGACAAACACCAAAACACUAGCCAUAGAACUGACAGAACAUAAAGUUAUAAGUCAACCAAUAGUUAAUGCGGUUUGGGACGUAACAAAUCCUAUUGCAGACAAAAUUGAAACAAAACCCGAAGAUUUUAAGGCUCUAAUUUUCUUUGAGGAUGAAAAACCUGCAGUAGUUGGAGACGUCAAAUCUAAUAUUAACAAAGAUAAAUCUAGUACAGACAAAGAUGACAUCAGCAGAACGAAAACAAUUGAUGAACAGAAAGCGGCUAGCAGUACAACUUUGGUGAUGACUUUCGAAGAUGUACCUCCACUGACAAGCCUGCCUCAACCAUUGAUACCUAAAGUGGCUGAAAUAGCAACAGUUGAAAACCUGGAAGUGGUAGAUUUGGGCAAAGACGCGCUUUCGUACCUCAUUUACGAGAACCAAGACUUUGAACCUGAGAAUGAGAGUGUAGUAACGGAAACGAAACCAGAGACGUGCACUGCUCUAGCAGAGGAGCUAAGAGACGCUGAGAUCAAACAGAAACUCAUAGAUUUAUCGCCUGAACUGGUAAUAGACGAGGUUAUAGAAGUGCCAGAAGUUUUCACGCCCAAAGAGGUCGCACCUCCAGCGACUGAAAGAGCAAAAGUAAAAGCAAACUCCUUGGAAGACCUCUCGCAACGUCUAGAAACUCUUGGAACCUCCACGGCCGAUAUACCGAAAGCAAAGUCGAAGAAUAUUGUUUUCAACGUUCCGGAAUGCUCAGGCACCUCGCCCCGAGACAUUCCCGAACGAAGAUCCAAGCUUCGGUCUCGCAGUGGAUCCAGUCCAAAGAGUUUGCCGGAAAGCCUCAACCGACCUCUUCCUAUUUCAAAAUUGGAAUCGGUCAGCAAGAAAAGGAAAAAAGUCAGCUCUCUGGGCAAAAUUGCGCGCGACUCUCUGCUAGCCUUGAACAGAUGUGAUGAGGAAAUCGCCGACAUAAGACGCGAGUAUAAGUUGACGUCAGUUGAGUCGCUGAGAAGUCUGGAGUCGGUUUCUGAAGACGCCAACUCUCAGAGCGGCAACUCAGUUGACUCCAGAUGCAGAAGCUGCUUUAGGACCUCGCAAGAGAGUCUGAUGUCGCUGGACUCCAUAACUGAGGACUGUAGGUGUAAUUGCACAGAAGACAAGGGUGACAGUCACCACAGUGCGCGCUAGAACUUAAAUUUACGGGUAAUAUUAUUUUUUACGCAAAAAAAAAAACGGUGCGUUUCUUAAAACGAACCGUGUGUUCAAUGGUGUAAAAACGCUUUUUGAGAAUUUUGAUGUCGUUUUUCCCUGUUCUUUGAAUAAAACCUUUUGGUGUAAUCUAUUGUGUAAUUUAAAGGUUAUGUUUAGUUUUUAAGGCCUUUUUGCAUAGAUAAUGCUGCUAAUUUAUUAAUGAAUUCCGUUCUUUUUAACCUAUGCUUAGUAAUUUAGAUAAGUCUUAAGCUGUGUACAGACCGGCCGAACGAACGCCAACGAACGGGUUUCGUUGACCUUCGUUGCUGCAAUCUGCCCUGUAUUAUGUAUGAUAAAUAUCCAUCGUUGUGUGUUCGUUGGGACGGUCUGUACGCAGCUUUACCCACUCUGUUAUUCGAGUAAAAAUACUGGGUGUUAUAAAAACGGUAUUGGUAAAGAUUGAUUAUGGUAACACCCAUGGAAAAAAUCUAAAUACAAAUGCAAAUUAUUAAAGAAACUUACCAUAAAAAGCACGUAUAUUUUGAUCUAGGGAAUUCAUUAAUAUAAUGAGAAGCAUUAUUAUAAAUUGUAAUGUAAACUACUUAAAAACGAAACGGCUGCAUAGCGCGUUCGAUGCUUUAGUUAUUGUAGUUAUAAUUUAAAUCGACAGUAACAGUCAUAAUCAGUGAUAUAAAUAAUAUUUUUAAAUUACGCAGCAUUCAAAUUGCGUUCCAAAAUGCCGACUAAAUGUUACU